AAACAAAGAGAGUGUACAGAAACGGAGCUGUGACGAGGAGGAGCGUCUGUUCUGCGGUGUGUGGGUCACCGACGUAAUGGUGAGUCUUUAUGUGGACAGACAGACAGACAGACAGACAGACAGAUGUUGUUCAGGUGGAGGGAGUAACGGAGCUGCUGGACUGCGUUAAAACAGCAGACACGUGAACUCUCGCGAUUCGGUUUCUGUUAGUCUGGUGGUUCUCAGUGAGGACCUGGUCUGAGCUGGUCUGGAUGCAGAAAGCAGCUGAGAUGUUGAUUCAUAAGAAGAAUGAAGGAUUCAGGUGAUGUCUGCCUUCACAGCUCUGGAUUACAUCAGGACCAGGAUUAUUGACCGAGUGUGCACUCAAACAGUCUGAGGAGGCAGUAGGAGCAGAGCGAGGCCCGGAGGAGGAAGAGGAGGAAGAGGAGGAGGGAGGGGGAGGAGGAGGAGAGGUUGCCAUGGAAACUCCCAGCGGUCCUGUGUACUGCAUCUGCAGGAGACCAGACAUCAACUGCUUCAUGAUAGGGUGCGACAGCUGUACCGAGUGGUUUCAUGGAAACUGCAUUGGAGUUUCAGAAAAAGCAGCCAAAGCCAUCAGAGUGUGGUUCUGUCCGUCCUGCAGAGACAGAGACCCGUCUCUGGAGGUCAAAUAUCGUCCAAAGAAGACCAAGGAGAAGGAGUCGGAGCCAGAGAGGGAGGACAGGAGCUCCACCCCCCAACCGAGGACUGACAGGAGGCGGGGCUCACAGAUUAAGCGUUCGGCCAGGAUGUGUGGCGAGUGCGACGCCUGCCUGAGGACGGAGGACUGCGCUCAGUGCGACUUCUGUAAAGACAUGAAGAAGUUCGGAGGUCCAAAUAAAAUCCGCCAGAAGUGUCGACUGAGGCAGUGUGAGGUCCGAGCCCGGAAGAUGCUUCGCGUCAAAGACGAGGAGAUCAGUAACAGCAGCAAUAGGGGGCGGAGCUUAACAAGGAAGGGGGCGGGGCAUCAGACAGAGGAGGAGGAGGAGGAGGAUGAAGAAGAGGAGGCGUUCAGUGAGAGCGAGCUGGAGCUUUAUGAGCAAUAUAAAGCUGCGGGAUACAGAGACCUGGUGUGGCGCAGCGAGGAUGAGGACGCUCAUUUGGACUCUCUGAGGAAGAAAGCCGUGAAGGUGAAGCACGUCAAGAGACGAGAGAAGAAGCCGGAGAAGAAGAAGUCCGUCUCCGCUCCUAAGGAGGAGGUGAAGCCUCGACGUCACAAAGCGAAGCAGCGUCACAGGGAGCGCGUGCGGCACAGCGAGCGAGGAGGAGAGGGCGGAGUUAAGGAGGUGGGCGGUACUCUGAGACAGUGUCUGGGACCAGGAUGUGUCCAGCCGGCGAGGGCCAACUCCAAAUACUGCUCCGAGGACUGUGGCAUGAAGCUUGCAGCCAAUCGUAUCUAUGAGAUCCUCCCUCAGAGGAUCCAGCAGUGGCAGCAGAGUCCGUGUGUUGCUGAGGAGAUGGGGCGGAGACAGCUGGAGCGAAUCAGAAAGGAGCAGCAGGCAGCGAGGCUCCGCCUAACGCUGAUGGAGAAACGUUUCCACGAACUUGAAGGCAUCAUAGCCAACGCCAAACAGCAGCAGGUCCAACACCACGAAGAGGUGACUGAAGGUGAAGGUGAUGACACAGACCUUCAGAUCUUCUGUGUUUCCUGCAGUCAUCCUGUUAACCCGAAGGUGGCGCUGAGACACAUGGAGAGAUGCUACGCUAAGUACGAGAGUCAGACAUCGUUUGGUUCCAUGUACCCGACUCGUAUCGAGGGGGCGACCCGGUUGUUCUGUGACGUGUACAACCCUCAGAGUAAGACGUACUGCAAGCGGCUGCAGGUUCUGUGUCCAGAACACUCCAGAGACCCGAAGGUCCCGGCAGACGAGGUGUGUGGUUGUCCUCUGGUUAAGGACGUGUUUGAGCCCACAGGAGAGUUUUGUCGAGUCUCAAAGAGGAAGUGUAACAAACACUACUGCUGGGAGAAACUUCGCCGCGCUGAGGUCGACCUGGAGAGAGUCCGAGUGUGGUACAAGCUGGACGAGCUGUUUGAACAGGAGAGGAAUCUGCGGAUGGCGAUGACCAAUCGAGCCGGUUUACUGGCUCUGAUGCUGCACCAGACCAUCCAACACGACCCAAUCACAACUGACCUGCGCUCUGCCAAGGACAGGUAGACGGGCAGGUGGACCAGCAGGGAGACAGGCAUAGAGACAGACAGGUACACCAGCAUAGAGACAGUCAGGGAGACAGAUGGAGAGACAGGCAGGUAGACAGACAGGUAGACCGGCAGCGAGACAGAGAUAGACAGACAGAGAGACUGACAGGUAGACCAGCAUGGAGACAGACAGAGAGACAGGCAGGGACACAGACAGGUACACCAGCAUAGCGACAGGCAAGGAAACAGGCACGGAGAAAAGACGUGUUUGUGAACAUCUGAGUGUGACAUCAGAGACACAAAGCAUUGUGGGAAGUCGACGCAGCUCACAGAAGCACAUGAAAUUCCCUCCUCGUGUGAUCUGCUGAGAGUAUGAGAAGAUCUUCCUCAUCCUGACAGCCAACAUGAGACGUGGAUGUGAUGAGAGGUGGAACACCACAGUUUUUAAUGUUUUAUACGAGUCAGUAGGGAGCGCCACUGUGGUGCGGCGAGAGGUUCCAGGUUCGAAUCCCGGUCUGGGCUCUUCUCUGUGGAGUUUGCAUGUUGUCCCUGAGCCUGUGUGGGUUUUCUCCGGCUUCCUCCCACUUUUUCCUACCUUUUUAUUGUGAAGCCAAAUUACUUCAGAUUUCCUUUGAUUAGUGAAUAUUGGACACUUUGAAUACCCAGUUGUCCUGCAGACGGACAGAAAAAUAAAAACACUACAUACAGCUGAAACUUUAAAAUGUUCUGUUUUUAUUGCACUUUUUAAUCCUGAUAUUCUUCUUCUUCUGUUAUCCAUUGUUUUGUAUUUCAGUGUUCUGCCAGUCGUUUUUAUACUCUGUUUGGAACCACUUUCUGCUUUUUCUUCGUGUUGUUGUUGUAUACAAACAUUAAAAAACUGCUGAUGUUUUCCUGGUAAAUUACGUUUUGUGGUGAUGGAACCUGAGAAUCGAGCUCCUCACUUUCUGUCCAUCUGAGACGUUGACUUCAGAUGAAAUUGACUGGAUUAAAGACAUAUUUUACG